AUGGAGUGUGAAAACCAAACUGUUUCGGCUGACUUUGUCCUCUUGGGCAUUCCGUAUCCUCGAGAGCUACAUGCCGCCUUGUUCCUCUUCUUCCUGCUCAUCUACUUGCUGACCAUUGCUGGGAACAUCCUGGUCCUCUUGACGGUGGCAUCCACCUCUGAUCUGCACAAACCAAUGUACUGGUUUCUCUGUCACUUAUCUGUCUUGGAUAUCGCAAUGUCCACUUUGAUAGUGCCCAAGGUUUUUGCUGGGUUUGUGGAAGGUGGUUGCUUCAUCUCCUUCGGUGGCUGCGUGACCCAACUCUUCUUCUACCACUUCCUGGGCUGCUCUGAGUUCUUCCUCUACACUGUCAUGGCCUACGAUCGCUUCCUUGCCAUCUGCAGGCCUCUUCAUUACAACACCAUGAUGAAUCACAGAGUAUGUCUUUACCUCUCAUUGGGUGCAUGGUUUGGAGGAUUUCUACACUCUGUAAUCGAAACAAAACUCACCUUUGGCUUGACUUACAGCCUGGAGAAUGAAGUAAACCACAUCUUCUGUGAUAUCCCUGCCAUGCUGAAACUGGCUUGUGAAGACACAACGUUCAAUGAGAAGUUUGUUUUGAUUGAUAUUGGCUUAGUGGCCAUUGCAUGCAUAAUCCUGAUUCUGAUGUCGUACGGGUACAUCGUUGCUGCCAUUCUGAGGAUCCGCUCAGUUGAAGGGCAACGUCGGGCCUUCUCCACCUGCGCUGCCCAUAUCAUUGUGGUGAUGAUCUGCUAUGUGCCACUAGCUUUCAAUUAUCUGAGAGCAGGGGCUCAGGAUCUCUUGAGUAAAGUGAUAGCUAUUUUCUACACCACACUGACCCCAUUCCUAAACCCACUGAUAUAUACUCUAAGGAACAAGGAGAUGAAAGAUGCCAUGCUGAGGCUGAGAGGUAGGAAACUAUAA